AGGAAGCCGAGGCCAUCGAUCAUUCAAAAGAAAAAAGCUAAAGAAUCUUUCAUGGCUCCUCUCCUUAUAUCAUCUGUAUAAAGAAAAAUCUUCACUAAGGUCAUUUCAUUCAUAUCCGAACAUCGAUCACAUUUACACAGCAGCAGGUACAUUCUGCUGUGUCCCUUAUCAACACCAAAGUACACGGCAUAUAUAAAAUCUAUCAUCAAUGCUGCUUGGAAGCUCCAUUUCCAACACCACCAAGAAGUUCUUUCAAAGGGCUCUUGAGAACUUCAAGUCUUGUUUCUCUCCUGGUUACCAAAAGCUUCCCAAAACACCUCCACAUAAUCAAUGCUCUUGUUCUCUGGACAUUAAUAAUAACCCAUGCUACGAGGAAUUGGAGAAGUUCUACAGUGACUUCACCAAGCAAUGGGAUUCAGAAAAGGAAAAGCAGGGAAGGCGAAGAAGCAAGAAGAAAGGCCAAGAGGUACUUAAUAAUGAAAGCUUCGUUAGCUUGAACAAUGCAAGCCAUGAUCAGAUUGAGAAAAGUGAGGAAUGUGACAAGAAAAAGAACAAGAACAAGAUGGGCCUAACCCAUCAUAGGGAGAAACAGAAAUUGGAUCAUACAAAGGGUAGGAAGGGAAAUGGAAAUUGCAUGACAGAAAAGAAGCUUAAAGAACUGGAGAUGCUGGACAUGAGCGAUGUGGAUUAUGCACUGGACAUUGAAGAGGUUCUUCAUUACUAUUCUCGACUCACUUGCCCGGUCUAUCUUGAAAUUGUGGAUAAAUUCUUCAUGGAAAUCUACUCUGAGUUCUUUGGUGCUCCUUUGGGUGUGAGGCCUGUUGUUACACCUCGUACUCCUAGUAUUAAAGUCAGGUCUUAGUCUUAGGCUUGCCUCUGUCUUGUUCUUGCAAUGUUUCUGUCCAUGGAUGUUUUGGUGUUUCUAAAAUUUAAAUUUUUUUGUUGUUGUUCAAUAACUAUAUAUUUCGUUGAUCAAUCAUCGAAGGAUCCAUAUGACAUGCACUUGGAUGUUAAAAUUCAGAAUGCAUUAUUUGUUUGAGAAACUGCUGUAUUUCUUAAGGGUGAAAUAUUGAAGACUUUUAUUAGCUCAA